AUGGGCGAGUCUACUUCUGGGGCUCUCUAUUCCUCCGGAUCCGCGUCUAGCUUGCUCCUCCUCACGUCUCCUAGUCUGGGCCUUCAAGUGUCUUGGUUUCUCCUGACAUCGAGCGGCACUCCCUACCUGAUCUCGCUCGGUAUCCCCAAAUCCAUCAUCUCCUUGGUAUGGGUCACCGGUCCUAUUUCCGGCGCUUUUGCGCAGCCUAUUCUCGGUGUGCUCAGCGACGAGUCACAACAUACCUGGGGUAGGAGGAAGCCGUUCAUCGUAGGUGGUUCGCUUUGCGCAACUACCUUCCUGCUAGCUUUGGCGUACUCCGAAGAGCUCACAGCUUGGACAUGGAGUUUCAGUUCCGACGUUUCUGAUAACUCGGCGUACUUACCGACGCAAGUUCUCGCAGUCUUCUGUGUAGUUGUUACCACGUUCGCACUGCAGGCAUACGCAGUCGGCGUGAGGGCUCUAAUAGUAGAUAACUCCCCUUCAAGUCAACAGUCUGUCGCGGCUUCCUGGGCCAUGCGAUGGAAUGUGCUGGGCAACGUGGUGCUCUCUUCCGUCGGCUUCGUGGAUGCCCAGUGGUCCUUGGCUGGUGCAAACAGCAACGUGCGGUUCAAGAUACUCGCUCUUGUAGUUGCAGCUUGUACCUUCACGACUGUCGGUCUCACGUGCUAUUUCAUCACUGAUCAGGACGCCACAACCCCGCGUGGCCGCCAGGUCUCUUUUGCACGACGAUCAUGGUCCAUCAUCUCACCGACAGGGCUCGCCAAACGGUGGAAACAGAUCCCUCCACGCAGUCGCCGGGUCUGCGAGAUCCAAUUCUGGGCAUGGGCAGGAUGGUUCCCCGUGUUAUACUACAUGUCAACAUUCGCUUAUGAGACAGCCCUCUCUGACAAACUCGAGCAAAGACAAAGACAGCUGGGACAGCCUGACCGAGAACUCGUCGAAAGUGCAAAGGACUUUGGCUUCUUUGCCUCCUUCGCUUUCGCAAUAGGGGCCUUUGCUGCGAGUAUCUUGCUUCAAAUACUCGACCGCGUCAUGCCGGCCUUCUCUCGCAACCUCCCUAGAGUCUGGUUUGCAUCACAGUGCUUCUUGGGAUACAGCAUGCAUCUCACCUUUGUCGCUCGCAACGGCGCCACAGCCAUCAUCGUGGUCGCCAUGAUGGGGGCUACAGCCGCUGUAACGAUGUGGGCGCCGUUUGCCUUGAUCAGUGCAGAAAUCUCUGAGCUAUCCGCGGGAAAGCAAGACAGCGAGGUUGCAUGGAUCCUGGGGCUGCACAAUAUGGCAAUAUCUUUACCUCAGAUCGGCUCAACUCUACUUUGCGCAGUUAUCUUGGCAGUUCUGAAAGGUCUCGCCGUCCAGGACAGUGUUGCAUGGAUCUUUCGGCUAGCCAGCAUAGCUGUAUUUUGGUCAACGUAUCUAAUUCAGAAGUCUCAGUGA